AUGGCGGAUUUGGAUGCACGCCUGGUGGGGAGUCUCAUGCAGGUCAAAGACACUGAAAAUGGAGGAAUUUCUAACAGACCAGAUGAUGCUGUUGAUGUCUACCACUCAUACUUUGGUGUAGCUGUUGUAACCAGUCUGGAUCAUCAUGAUCAAUGCAUGGUUGGAGCUUUCGAGUUUCCAACUUCAUCCCGAAGGGUUGCAACUUGCAAGGAUCUGCUUAUGAAGGGAAUAAAAUGCCAAAAUGAUAUUUAA